AUGGGGCGUAGAAAGAUCGAAAUCAAAGCCAUCAAGGAUGACAGGAAUCGCUCUGUCACCUUUCUUAAGCGAAAGGGCGGUCUGUUCAAGAAGGCGCAUGAGCUUUCCGUCCUGUGCUCCGUCGAUGUGGCCGUCUUCAUUUUCGGCAGCAACAAGAAGCUGUACGAGUAUUCCUCCACAGACAUGCGAGAGAUGAUUACCAGAUACACAUACCACGGUGGCCCGAACGAACACAAGGGGCCCUCUGAUUUCAACGGUGGCAACGACGAAGACGAGGACGAAGAGGGCGACGGCACGCCCCCUCACGGAGAGUCUAUGGAGCCUCACAUGAUGCCGCCUCAGUUCCAAGGGCAAGCACCAUUCCCUCAUAUACGGCAUCACACCCCGUCAGCAUCGCCACCUAUUCCGAACGGCAUGCCCUUCCCCCAACACCCUGGGCACCCGGUACAACGCGGGCACACGCCCCAGCCGCAGAUGGGAUCGCGACCUGCUUCCAGACAAGAUAUUCGCCGUAUGGGCCCCAACAUGGGCCCUCAGCCCGUCGGUCCUCCUGGACCUCAACAAGGUCCCAUUAAUGGUUAUGCCUACAUGCCCAACCCGGUUAUCUACAACCCUCACAACCAGCCCAACAUGCCGCCUAACAUGCCUCACGGAUUACCCCAACAGGGUCCUCAGUACCCUCAAUAUCCGCCUAAUCCUCAUCCGCCGCACAUGCAACAAUACAUGGAGGACCAGCGUCGCUCUUCUUUGCCGCCUAACUACCCGCAACAACAAGGCCCUCAGGGACCCGGACCACAAGUUUCCCGGAUCUCACCUUCUCCGCCUCAGCCUCCUACUCAGCAACUGCCUCCUCAGCCACCACAGAUUUCGCCUCCUCCACCCCAGCCUCAGCAAUUAGAGCCUCAGCAGCAGCCGCAACCAUCACCCCAACCCCAGCAUCAGCCUCAGCCUCAGCCUCAGCCUCAGUCAGAACAGCAGCAACCGCCGCCGCCGCCGCCGCCGCAACCGCAGGAAAACACGAUGCCGGCGCCGCUGGAACCAAGAUCUGAGCACCAUGAUAGACCUCAGCCGCCUCUUCUGAACACUGACAGCGCGAUCAAGAAGCUGCCGCAGCGCAAACAGCACAGCAUCUUUACUCCAAUCGAUGAGAACCGUUCCAUUCUCUCUCAGCAUUUGGCCUCAUUUGCCUCUGAUCAGAACAUCGCAAAGGCCGAAGCAAACCGUCCUCCGCUACCUGAACAGGCCAACAUUAAGAUUGAGGGGAACCGCUCUCAGUCCGUAGACGUUGGUGCCGUUUCCAGAACCAAUGGCUCUACCUCGUCCCCACCCCUGCCUCAGCGCGCCAGCACUCAGUCGUCAAGCAAGACUCGCAACAUUUCUAUAUCGUCCAUCCCAGAGACGACAUUUACUCCACCGUCUCGAACCAAUAGCAUGAAGAUUGGAGGUGGUGCGCGGCCCCGUUUGAGGGUCGAGAUUCCUGACGAACCUUCGGAUGGCGGUAGCGCAACUGCCGAGUCAAACUCUCCUCGCAACUCGACAGAUGCCACAUCCCAGACAACUCGGCGCCACGCAUCCGAUUCGCAUUCUUCCGGCAUGGUGCUGCCACCACCAUCCCCGUCAGCCCAAACGCUUCUGUCAGCUGGUGCUACGGGCCCCCCGAACCCCUUCGCCCGUCCUCCGCCGCAGCAGAAUAAUAACAUGAAUAUCGACACACCGGUUUCUGCUCUUCCGUCGCGAUUUCUCAAUAACGAAUUCCUUCCAAGCCCGAGCAGCUUUUAUCCCGAGUGGUACUCGCGCGGAAGCAACGAUAGCAACACGCUACCCAGUCCGCUGAACUUUGCCACGCCUGUCGUCGGCUCAGGCCCCAGUUUUCUGAGGGAUGACAAUGCCACGAGCACCAAGCGCAAGAGUCCCGAGAUUAGCAUCAGCGGACCCCAUGAGGGCCCUGAGGCUGGUAAUGAGCCUAAGAGGGUCAGGGUCGACUCCUGA